AUGUUUCGUCAACGCGCUACUUGUACGCAAUACUACAUUCACUCCACGUGCGGUCACGAUUUGGAUGUUGAGUUUGUCAAGUGCCCUACCCAUGCUACCAAGGAAGAGUUGCGCUGCCCUACUGGCGUGUGGAAGCGGAUGCAGGCCAAGUUUUCUACGCAUAAAUGCCGAGCAUGCUUGAGAAGUGAUACCUGCAUCCAGACAUGA